AAAAAAAAAAAAAGGAAAGCAAAAAAAAAAAUGGCUCAUUUAUAUCGAAUUAUAAAUUUGACAAAAAAUUUACCUAAAAUUCAUCAUCAAAUUCGUAAAAUUAGUUCACAAAUUCCGGAUUCAAAAAAACAUUUGGUACCAUCUAGUGGUACAUAUCCAAAAGGGUUUAAAGCAACAGGAACACAUUGUGGUAUAAAAAAGAAUGGAUUAAAAGAUUUAGCAUUAAUAAUCUCAGAAAAACCAUGUACAUCAUCAGCUGUAUUUACAACAAAUGUAUUUAAAGCAGCACCAGUAUUAGUUUCAAGAGAAAUAUUAGAAAAAAAGAAAGGACAAAAUAUUUAUUCAUUGGUAAUAAAUGCGGGAGUUGCCAAUGCCGUAACAGGUACAAAAGGUUUAGAAAAUGCUAAAAGUAUGGGUGAUACAGUAUCAAAAUUAAAUGGUGUAGAAGAAAGCUCUUUAGUAAUGUCAACAGGUGUAAUUGGACAACAUUUACCUAUAGAAAAAAUUAUUAGUGGCAUAAAUCAAGCUUAUAAUUUAGCUAAACAACAAACUGCUGAAGAAUUACAUGAAGGAUGGAUGAAAGCUGCGGAAUCCAUCAUGACAACUGAUACUUUUCCAAAAUUAAGAUCAAAACAAUUUAUUUUACCAUCUUCAGGAUUAAAAUAUAAUAUGGCAGGAACUACUAAAGGUGCAGGGAUGAUUCACCCAAAUAUGGCCACUUUAUUAGCUACUGUCGUUACUGAUGUUUCUAUAAGUCCCAAAGCAUUAAAUGAAGCAUUAAAAUAUGCUGUCGAUAGAUCAUUUAAUUCUAUUAGUAUAGAUAACGAUAUGAGUACAAAUGAUACUUUUGCCGUAUUCGCUAAUGGAGCAGCUACAACAGACGGAAAAGUAACUAUUGAUGAUAUAAACGGAAAAGAUUUCAAACAAUUUAGAGAUGAUCUUACAGAAUUUGCAGCUGAUUUGGCCAAAUUAGUUGUAAGAGAUGGUGAAGGCGCUACAAAAUUUGUGACAAUCCAUGUUAAGGGCGCAAAAACAUAUACAGACGCAAAACAAAUAGCAUCUACCAUUUCCACUUCUUCAUUAGUAAAAACUGCUUUAUACGGACAAGAUGCAAAUUGGGGGCGUAUAUUAUGUGCUGUAGGAUAUGCUGGGGUUUCAUCUAUUAUACCAAACAAAGUUUCUGUAUCAUUUAUACCAACAGAUGGUACAACUCCUUUACGUUUAUUAAAUUUAGGUGAACCUGAAAAUGUUAAUGAAGAAAGGGCUAGUGAAAUUUUGGCAAUGGAAGAUUUAGAAAUUAAUGUAGAUUUGGGAAUUGGGAAUGAAGAAGCUAAAAUGUGGACUUGUGAUUAUAGUCACGAAUAUAUUACGAUUAAUGGUCAUUAUAGGACUUAAAAAAAUUUCUUUUAUAUGAACAAAAGAUUCAUUUAAUUAUUAUAUAUAAACUAAUAAAAAUACGAUAUAAGAAAUGUAAA